CUCACAGAGGCGGUUCACAACUCGCGCUCGGACCGUGGUGGAAAAUACAGGCAGAAGAUGGCUGACUUAGCCGGGCUCUGCAAGCCCUCGGCGGCAUCACCAGCUCCACACGGGCCGCGGCGGCACAGCGACGAGACGUCCAGCGUUUGGCUGUAACUGUAGACGCCGCCUACUACUACUACUACUAUACGGUCCUGUACUUCGAUAUCGAGUAUAGCAACAGCAAUAUUGAAAGAAGUAUUGCAAAAAAUGGCUGAGAUGGAAAAAGAGGGCAGACCUCCGGAAAAUAAAAGAAGCAGAAAACCAGCGCAUCCAGUCAAAAGGGAGAUAAAUGAAGAAAUGAAGAGCUUCGCAGAGAACACGAUGAACGAGCUCCUGGGCUGGUACGGCUACGACAAGGUGGAGCUGAGGGAUGGGGAGAGCGGGGAGGGCGUGGACCACCCACAGCACGUCUCUGUGCUUAAAGAGAACUCUUUAACCAAGGUGCCUGUCUCCAUGGAGACCAGCGACGCCUCCCCGGACCGGGUCCCGGACCCCCGCCCGGCCCCCGCCUCCAGGAACGGAGUCCCGGAGCCCUGCUCCACGGCCACGGCCUCCACCUCUGCACCCCCGGGAGUCAAGGAGCACCCAGGCCUGCCCGUGAUGGUCCCCAUGGUCCCCCCGCCGCACAUCAAGCCGCCCCCAGACGAGGACGCGUCCACGGUGCAGAUCGUGUGCGCCUGGUGCCAGAAGGUGGGCGUGCGGCGCUACUCCCUGAGCAUGGGCAGCGAGCUCAAGAGCUUCUGCAGCGAGAAGUGCUUCGCCGCGUGCCGCCGCGCCUACUUCAAGAGGAACAAGCUUGGAUAUGUAAGGAAUUACGCUGCGAGAGACGACGGCGGCCAUGGUGGGAAAUUGCCCCAGCACAGCUUUGCUCAAGACCCCCCCAGGCUUGUCUACAAGACAAACAGCGAUGUGCUUGUGUGCGACUGGUGCAAGCACAUCCGCCACACCAAGGAGUACCUGGACUUUGGGGCCGGGGAGCGGAGGCUGCAGUUCUGCAGCGCCAAAUGCCUGAACCAGUACAAGAUGGACAUUUUCUACAAGGAGACCCAGGCCGCCCUGCCCGGGGCGCUCUACAACCCCGGCCACGGGGCCUCCUGCGAGGGCAAGGCCGAGUGCAGCGGCGGGGUGCAGAUGCUCACGCCGGAGUCCUGGGGCGCCCCGAUGGCGGACCUUCGGCGCAAGGCGCCGUCGCCGGGGGGCCCCGCCACCAGCUCUGCCCUGGCCCCCUCCACGUCCACCAACAACUCCCCCUCCGACCCGGGGGGCCUCUGCUCUCCGUCCUCCUCCGCCUCCGCCAAGGUCCCCACGCCGCGGCCCCACGACAACCCGGGCCUCCCCCCCCCCCCCCCCCACCACCACGGCCUCCACGGGCCCCUGGGCGUCUCGUCGGGCAGCCCCCCCAUGGUGAUGACGCCGCGGGGUCCCGUGCCCCUGCCGCUGUUCAUGGAGCACCAGAUGAUGCAGCACAUCCGCCCGCCGUACCUCCGCCCCUCAGCCGGCCCCCACAGCCCGCUGGCCAACCCCAUGAUCCCCGGCGUCGGCCCACCGCCGCCGCCCCCGAGGAGCUUUGGCCCGCCCUCCAGCCCCAUGCACAGGCCCAUGCUCUCCCCCCACGGCCACCCCUCGGCCAGCCACAACCCCGGCCUCCUGCCCCCGCACCCCGGCCUCGGGAUGCCCGGCAUGCCCCCGUUCAACAUGAUGCCCAACGGACCCAUGCCCAUGCCGCCCAUGAUGAACUUCGGCAUGCCGUCCCUGGCGCCCCUGGUUCCGCCCGCGACGAUCCUGGUCCCCUACCCCGUCAUCGUGCCCCUGCCGGUGCCCAUCCCCAUCCCCAUCCCCAUCCCUUAUAGCGGCAAGUUCUUCAGGGACAAGCCCGACUGCGGCGGCCCUGUCCCGUGUGCAUCAGAGUCCUCAGAGGCCUCCGAUUCCCGGCCCCACUCCCGGGGGUCGUUUGGCGGGGACAGAGUGGAUCAGAAAGGAGGUAAACCCGUCUCGCUGUCCCUCUCCCCUGGAUACAGCCCGGGUCAGUUAAACAGUGGCCCGGACAGAAGCAGAGCGUCGGUGGUUGACCUGACGGUGAAGGCAGAGGACGGCCUGAGGAGUCUGUGUUCAUCAAGCGGGGCCGAGGUAAUGGACGGUGUGAUCGACUUAACCGUGGGCCAGCGCUCAGGCCAACAGCCUGUCAUACACAAGACGUUACCCAGGGUUCAGGUCAAGGUAGAGAGGGUCGAGAGGGAUGUGCAAUCUCCACAUGUUGCGGGACCGGGGAGGGACGGGGGAGACGCUAUGGACGGGAGAGUGCGGACUCUCUUGCAGGGCGCCGCGACGCACGCAGAGGAUUCUACCAUUUCUAAAACAGCGGCGUCAUCUGGCCGGCCCUGCAGUGCCGUGCCCGCCACGGCUACGACCCAGCCCAGUGACUCCAGCGUACCCGGCUUCCCCGGCCAACCGGCCUCCCUCAGCAGGGAUCUACGGACACCGCCCCAGCCCCUGACCCAGGUCUCGGCCCCCCCUGCCGCCCCACGCAACCUCAUCAUCAACGGCAGCGGAUGGCACCCGCCGCCCCCGCCUGCACCCGAGUCCUCUCCGGACCGGGCCGCAGACGGGGUGGUGGUGGGAGAAGGGACGGGCGCAGGAGGACUGAGGGAAGGCCAGGAGGUGCAGCCCGCCAACGGGGAGCUGGAGAGGGAGGCCCUGAAGGAGAACAGCUGCUCGGUGGCCGUCUGGGAGCCGGGGACACGGAGCCUGGCGGAGGAGGCCGAGUCAGUCCCGGGGGAGGGCAAGCCCGACCCCGACUCUGGGCUGGACCAGGACGAGGAUCCUUACGCCCUGCCGCUGCUGCCCCCUGGUGGCUGCGUGGUCAUACAACCCGUGCCAAAGGCUGACUCCGACAAGACGGCCAUCCUGUCCUGCUCCAUCAGCACGCCCCUGCUGUCCGCCGCCGGGAGCCCCGACCUGGAGCCGCCGCUGAAGAGGAGGUGCCUGCGGAUCCGCAAUCAGAACAAAUGAGGUCUAUGCUCUGAGGAACGAAGUGCCAUCAACCAGCCUUGUGCUUGCUCCGGAAGUCCUCUUUGCCCCUACAUCACUUUGGCCGAAACCCCACCACAACACCCCACCCUGAUCCACAUAACAGCACCAUAUACUGUUACCAAACAAAUGACACCCAGCACAGCACAUUACCAUCAACAGUCCACUUUACCAGCACGGCACAACAGCCGUCGACGGACGUUUAUCUGUAAACAUGGAGGACCAGACACUCGUAGACUCAUCGAUUUACUUCUCAUGGACAAUGUUGCCAAUGUCCAAGUCAAGGUCUGUUGAGCACCAGAGCUGCACACUACUGUAGGAAACAGAGCACAAGAAGGAUGUUCAAAGCCACCAAUCUUUUUCCUCUAAUCUGGAGGCCUUCAGCCUGCACUGCCCCCUCCCCUCCGCCCCCCCUCGCCCCUCCGCCCCCCUCCCCCUAACUUCUCACUUCCCCCACCGUCCCUCCUGUUAAAAGCCAGUACUCUCUGUUAAGCCUGCUGAUAUGAAGAGAGAUGUAUUGUGUUCACUCCUAGAGUUGUUGCUGCCGCCGCGGCCGGGGAACAAGGGGUUUAGGAUCCCUGAAAGGGGUUCAGUCUGCUACAACCAGUGUCUCUUUCAAUCAUGUGUGGUCGUUUGUUGGAUUCUCCCCAACGUGUAGAUAUAUGGAUAGCAAGAAUUCACUAAGAUUUAGAUUUUUUUACCAUUGCUUGUUGGCAGACUUGACUUGAUCAUAGACGUCUUGAGUGGUGGUGAUGGUUUUGUGGAUGGAAAGGGGCCAAGCGCUGAAGGAUAGGGGACCCAGGUCUAUUUUAUGAGCGGUGCAAUUUGAUCUUUUAUUCUAGGCUCCUCCUGAGCAGUGCAAGAUGACAUAUGAUAUCUGUUAAAGGGGACGCAAGAAAAACGAGAAUGUUUUGUGUGGAAAAAAUGCGGUUUCUUGAAUCAGCACAUUGAAGGACAUCAGGGUUGAGAUUCACCAGCAAGUCAUGGUAUUUGGGUGGAGUCCCAAAAAUAAAUCCCCCCCCCCCCCCACCACACUAAAUCCCUUAGAUCAAAACUACACGUGACUAAAGUGUGACUAAACUCCAAGCCUAGUACAUGUGGUCGUUGCGACGGCGAUCAGACAGAACUGACGCAGCCUGCCAUUGUGUGAUGGGUUUUAAGUAAUGCAGGUCUGGUGGCUCAUCUUUCCAUCUCACAAGUAAAAGUUGGUGUCUGUUUCGUAAGGCUCUCUGAAGUGAUUGCACUACCAGAACUAAGAGGAAGGUGAAGACAAAAGGCCUCUAGGGGAGUCUUUUAAUGAAGCAAAUGAAGGAGACCCUGAAGCAUACUGGUUGGAAUUAAAACAAACAAAACCAUUUAUUCAAUAGCCCUAAAGAGUCAAAUAAAGCCCUGUUAAUUUGAAGUAGGGGAGAGUAUAAUUCUAAAUGUAUUGUUCGAUCUUUCAUUGACAUGCCAUUUUACUCAUUUGUGUUGCCAAUUAAAUUGAGCAUGUGCAGUUAUUGCCAACUAUUUAUUUAAAUAUGAUUUUUACAGUUAUUAUAAACCAUCUGUCACCCACUUGCCUACUCAAGAGUUUUGAACAGUUGGGAGAGUUAAUCUAUACAACUUUCAGCCAUCCUAUGUUUGUCUAAUAUAAUAUGACUACAUCUUAAGCAUGUACACAUGGAAGGAAAGUUGCAUGUUUAGUUUUGAUUCCUAUGGAAGCCGGUAUAAUUGAAAUACUAUUAUUAUGACAUAUUGCCAAAGUCGUCUUAUUCCCUCAAACAAUGCAACAAAAAUGCCACCUGUUUUGUUUUUUUCGUGGCAGGGUUAUUUAAUAUUUUGACCCGUCGAUGUACAGUUGCCAAUUUAAAGAGCACUUAUCGAAAGCACUUGGACUGAAUUGGUUUAUGUAUUGAUAUUAAAAGCAGUAUUAGUCUAUUUAUCUGCAGAGCAAACUCACUUAACAUAGGCUAAUGAUGACUUACAGACUAAAUACCAUACUUUUCAAAACUAUAACAUGGGACACAAGCAUCUGUUUUUAUAUCAAAUGAUCCCAAGACAAAAGCGAGUGGCAAGUCCGUCCUAUCCCAAUUAUCUCAUAAUAUUUUGUUUCCAUGUUUGUGGAUGUUUUCCAUUGCUUGUCAUACUUCUUUUACAUGAUGCCCAAUAUGUCUCAAUGUGACACAGACAUUAAGAAGCAGACAUGCCUGCAUGACACACCUGCCUAAAAUGAUGUGUGUAUACAUGUUUUAAAUAGAACAUAAAAACUGUGCUACUCUUUCUGUCACCACGACAGAAAGGGUACAUAUGCUUUGCAUUUAGCCUCAACGUACUGUUUGGCAAGGCCUGGCCUUUGUCUGACUGUAUGCAUUUCUCUCAUUCUUCUUGUCUAUUUCAUAGCGACUAUUGAGGAACAACUUGAAACUAAUAUAUAUGAUGUCUCUCACUUUUCUGUCAUUCAUUUGUUGCAUAUCUCUUUCAUUUUCCUUGAUGCUUUACUUAUAAAUUCAUCUGUGUCUAAGUCAAAGGGGUCGUUUUGACAGUUUGACCAAAUCAAUUUUAAAGGACAACUUAAUAUACAAAAUUAAAGAACCAAAAAGCCACCUUAUGAUGAAGAAGAUAUUGAGACAGUGGAGCUGACACUCACGUCUCAGGCUGGCGCUGAUCGAUUGAAGGCAUUUGAAGCAUAAAUGAAACUGUCUGCCUCCAAACUGUCUGUCUUUCUGUCUGUCUGUCUGUGCUCCCGCCUCACUGUGAGAGCCUUAGAAAACGACAGGGGCAGCCGACCCUCUUAGUCCUUUAUCUGACAACAGAUAAGCCCUUACGUUGUAUUUGAGUUCAUCCUUCUCUGGUAGAAAUUCCUCGACUCCGAGCUGCUCUGUUUUUGUCAUGUAAAUGAAAAACAUGUGGUUCUAAAGGCACAGGAUCAGUUGAGCUUUUGGAAAAUUGGUUGUGUAACUCUCCAGCAGCUCUGCCACACAUGCAAACACAGAAACACACACAAACGCUCGCACACACGCACACCAAUACACACACACACACACACACACACACACACACACACACACACACACACACCGAACACACACACACACACACACACACAGGCUGACAUGGGUGUGGCUAGCAUACUCUUUUUCCGCUGUGAGUGUCAGUCGCUUUGUGGAUGAUAUACACGUUGGACAAUAGUGUACCCGCCCACUCAUGGCUGGUUAGAGAGGGACCACUGCAGCGGUCAGACUCAUGACAAAUCCCCAGCAUUCCCCCCCUUUUUACAAGAUGAAUGAUAAGCCUAGUCAAGAGCCUGGAUGAUAAAGGGAGUAUUAAGUAUUAAGUGGUCCACAGAUAAUUAAAAAAGACAUGAAAUUACUUUGUGACACUUUUCUGAAACUAACGGAGACGUCGCCUUAACUCUUGCUUGUAUAAUCUCUACAGAUAAGACAAUGAUGCUUGCUCAUCCCCUCUUUGUACGAAAAAAUCCACAAAAAUGACAACUUUGUUAUCUUGCUAGUGUCAAUGUGUAGAUAAUCCGCUUUUCUGUAACAUGUAUCAACCUUCACUUUUUUGCUAAGAAAAGAAAAAGAAAAAAAAACAAGACACAAAACUCAAAUUCCCUGUUCCUCAAGCAUCCGAUCUGUUCAACGUUUUUACUUGGUGGUGGAACUGUCAUCUUUUUUGUGUGCAGAUUUUAUAAUAUUAUUUAUUGUUGCAAAUUGAAAAAAGCUGUCAAGGUUGUUUGAGCAGAGCAUUCUAUUUGAAUGUAAAUGCCCGGUAAAUAGUGAAACGCUUUCUUUUAUAAUUAAAAUGGAGAACACAGUGAUGGCGGAUGGUCACUAUCGUCCUUAAUGAAGUUGUGACGUAUACAUAACAUAGCCACGGUUUGUUUGCUUCAGCAAAGCAUUCUUUUUGUGUUGUAAUCGUAUUUGUUUUAUCUGGUGAUUUGCUCAUGAAGAAAAUAAACAAGAGAGACCCACAUACUUUUGCUGUUCAUACUGGUUCAUGUGUUUUGUUAUAUUCAAAAUGUGCAAGAAGCAUAUGCUGUAGUGCACAUUUAUUUUUAUCUUUAUAGUUUAUAGGCCUAUACUUUUUAGUCUAAAUGUAAAAAAAAAAUAAUGAUUAUCAGCCAUAUGUCAACUUGGUAGCAUGUGUAUGAAAAUGAACACGUUUGAUAAAAUGAAUAAAAGAGCAGAAUGAAUGAA